CUUCAAAUAUCUUUGUUUUCAACACAUGCGUUGAUUCCUUGAAGCCCUCAUGAAAAGAUGCACAGUAUUUUAAGUCUGUGUACACAAGCUAGCGCAAACUAUUAGCUAGGUACUUUAGUUGGUUUCUUUAGUAUCGAAAAUAAAUGCAGUCAGUGCAUCAUUUAUUUCAGUGGUGUACAGUUUAAACGCUAGAGACAGUGGUGACAAGACCUAACUUACUUCUGAAACGCGGAAGUCAAGGUAUUACUCUGAGGUGAACUCAUUCAUAAGAGGUCUGGCGCUAGAGGAGGGACUGUAUUUGGGAGGCAUGAGUGGUACGGUCCGUCAGAUCAGUGUGGUGUUAGACCCGAGCACCCCCUAUUUCCUGCGGGUUGACUGGGCUGAAGACCUGGGAGCUGGGUACACUCUCGCCCUCAGUGACGGCAGCUCAUCCUGGAUCGGAGAAGUACCAGAGGAGGAGGUGACGAGGGAAGCCAAGGAGUUGGGAGUGAAAAGGGAGAAAUAUGUGGAAGAUCUUCAUCAGGCACUGACCGGAGGAGGAGAAAGUGGAAAAGGAAGUGGAGGAGUGGCAGAAAAGGAGGAGUACCUGUUCCACCUCUCCCCUGACCACGGUUGUCUGUCGUAUGAGAAGAAGACCCAGAUAGGCGUUUUGGUGAGCGUGGGUGCGGUGGAGCUGCACCCUGCCCCUGACCCUGUGGAGCUCAACAGGGAGAUGAUAGGCCACACUCUGGAGCACAGCGCUGACCUGGAGGCAGAGAACAGACGGUUGCAGGAGAAGAACCAGACACUCCGGCAGGAGCAGCAGCACAUCCUUGCAGAUCUGGAGCAGCAUGUCCAGGACAUAGAGACGAUGGAGGGAGACCUGUUCUCUCGUUUCAUCAUGGUGCUCAACGAGAAGAAGGCCAAGAUCAGGGCCCUGCAGGACACCAUCAGACACUUCCAACAGCAGCUGGACCAGGGUGUGGAAGAGCAGGAGAACCACCGGGUAACUGGGGUAACUGUCAAAUCCAAGGCUGGUGACAGUAUUAAAAAGGACCAGAAGGAGGAGGACGACCUGCCUCAGAGCUUCCACCCGUCUCAGGCACCCACCGUGCUCAUCAGAGACGUUUCAAGCCAGACGAGCUCUAUGGAGGUAACUGUGAGUGACAGCAAAGAUGUGUUGCCCAGCUGCAAGCAUGGGCUCUGUUAUCCCCAGAGCCCAGAGUCAAAGGUCAAGAAGCCCUCUCCAGACCAGAAGUAAACUCACAGGAAGGACCCACCAAUGUGAGCUGAGUGGAUAACCAUUCAGGAUGCCGUUUCGAGGUUUUUCUCAGCAUCACAGCCAAGCUAAAGGAAAACAGACUUUCAAUGACUCACCACUGUCAAUGCAGUGCGUUGAUUUUAAGAAAGGUUCUACAAAACCAUUUGAUUUAAUUGUAUGUAUUGUUUGUUGUCAAGGGAAUACCACUGUACAAUGUGGAAGAGGAAGUUAAUAUUAGUGAAAUGUUCACCCCCUAAGAAAUGUUCGCCAUACACAUUUUAUUUUGUUUUGGGACAUUGUUCUUAGUUUAUUAUAAUAUGGAUCAAACUCUUUUUGUUUUUCAUGUCUUAUAUACACUACCGUUCAAAAGA